GGAGAUUUUAAUCUUUCUUAUCGUAAUGAGCUCAUCUGCUGCCCAGGAAGUAAAGAACCUGACCAGCACUGAAGGAGGAUCCAUCACAUUACCAGACCCUGUACUGACGUUGGGAUUUCUUUUAUAUGGAAAAUCCAAUAUAGCUGUGGUAAUCAACAGUGAAAUUAAGUUAACAGAGGAAAGUUUCAGGAACAGAGUUUUCUGGGACAAAAACACUGGACUGUUUACAAUCAUAGGACUGCAGAGAAAUGAUUCAGGAAGUUAUACAGUUGAUUCUAAAACAAAGGGUGUUUUAACAUCAUAUCGGCUCACAGUGUACGUAAUGAGCUCAUCUGCUGCCCAGGAAGUAAAGAACCUGACCAGCACUGAAGGAGGAUCCAUCACAUUACCAGACCCUAUACUGAAGUUGGGAUUUCUUUUAUAUGGAGGAUCCAAUAUAGCUGUGGUAAUGAACAGUGAAAUCAGUGUACUGGAGGAAAGUUUCAGGAACAGAGUUUUCUGGGACAAAAACACUGGACUGUUUACAAUCAGAGGACUGCAGAGAAACGAUUCAGGGAUUUAUUCAAUUGAUUCUAAACCGGAGGGUGUUAAAAAAUAUCAGCUCACAGUGUACGAGCCUGUCCCAGAGCCUGGAGUGAACAGGUCCAGUGUGAGCGCUGAGAGCUGCACCUUGCUGUGUUUUGUGAAGAAGAGCGAGGCGACGACACUGUCCUGGUACAGAGGAGAGGAGAUACUGAACCAGAGCCGCACUGCUGCCUCUCUGCCUCUCACUGUACACAAGCACAAUUUCAGCUCAUCUUAUAGAUGUGAGGCUGCCAACCCUGCUGAGAAUAAAUCAUUUCUAGUCAACCCCACAGUAUCCUGCAGUGAAAAUAUCAGUGAUCGCAGCACAAGUGAGAGCAGUAGGCCCACAUCCUGGUUAUUCAUCAUUCCCAUGGUUGUGUUUCUAAGUGUCGCUGUCCUUUUGGUCAUUUGGAUGUGUUUUAAGAAAGAGGGAGAGAAAGAAUGACAAACAAUU